GAAAAUUGAGGUUAGCGCGCGCACUGUUAGCCAAACCUCGCAAGCAGACGAAAUUAAAUGUGAAGAAAAAAGAUGAAAAAUUACGACAUCAUUCCAACGUGAGAGAGUUCAUAUUCAUCGAUUGGAAGUGGAAAACAUGAUGAUCACGAGCAGGUGACGCUGUGCGUUUUUUCUGAUUAAUUAUGUAGAUUGUGUAGAAUUGCGUCACGUUUCUAUUUUUUUUCCACUAUUUUUUUGAGUGAACGACCACGAUGACAUUGUUUAGAUUGCUAAAAGCAAGUGCUAUACUGCACAUGAAACCUAAUACAUUAUGCAUUAAAGUACCUAAAAGAUCUUACGUCCAAGCUCACAUAGUGCAGUGUUCACAGCUAUCCAGAAGAAGAUUUAUAACAUUAAAACAUCUCAAGAGAUUUUCAACAGACACAGCAAAAAUAGAAAUUGCUAAUUCCACAAAGCAAAUCAACAAAGUCAAAGGUUCAAAGAACAAAGAACUGAGAAAAUUGUUUCUACUGGCAGCUCCAGAAAAAUGGAGACUCUUAGGUGCAUUAACUUUCUUAGUUUUAUCGUCUACAGUUACUAUGGCAGUACCAUUCUGUCUAGGUAAAGUCAUAGAUAUUAUCUAUGCAAAAGAUCAUGAACAGACCAGAGAGAAUCUUAAAAACAUUUGCCUUAUUCUGCUUGGUGUAUUUUUAUUUGGUGGAUUAUGCAAUUUUUCGAGAGUUUAUCUCAUGUCCAGCACAGCUUACAAAAUUACUCAAUCUCUGAGGAGAAAAGCUUAUAGUACUAUUCUGAGCCAGGAGAUUGCUAUGUUUGACAAAAUAAGCACUGGAGAACUUGUUGGAAGACUUUCAGGAGAUGCACAACUAGUGAGUUACGCAAUAACAAGCAACAUUUCUGAUGGCUUGAGAUCAGGUAUAAUGUCAGUGGCAGGUGUAACCAUGAUGUUCUAUGUCUCUCCUCAAUUAGCUCUGGUAGGCCUAGCAAUUGUUCCUCCAGUAGCUGCCAUGGCAACAUUGUAUGGGAGAUUUGUUAAGAAAAUUUCAAAAGAAGUUCAAGACAGUAUAGCUGUGUUGAACACAACAGCAGAGGAAAGAAUCAGCAAUAUUAGGACAGUGAAAGCAUUUGCACAAGAAACUAAUGAGAUACAAAACUACUGUGCAAAAUUGAAAGACCUAUUGGAACUAUGCUACAAGGAAAGUUUCUACAGGGGAAUAUUCUUUGGCAUGACAGGAUUGACCGGCAAUGGUAUAAUUCUGUCAGUCUUGUAUUAUGGAGGAACAAUGGUCUCGGAUUCUACACUGACUGUUGGCAGUCUCAGUGCUUUUCUACUCUAUGCAGCUUAUGUAGGCAUUUCUUUGAAUGGUCUGUCAAGUUUCUAUACAGAAUUGAACAAAGCACUUGGUGCUAGUACUAGAUUGUUUGAACUUAUUGAUCGCAAACCCUGCAUACCCAUUCAGGGAGGAAAAAUUCUUGAUUUAGAGUUAUCCGGUGACGUUGUUUUCAAGAACGUUCGUUUCGCUUAUCCAACUAGAAGCAAUUCGGUAAUUUUACAAGACUUUAAUCUGGAGAUCCCUAAGAAUUCGGUCACAGCAGUCGUCGGACCUUCAGGCUCUGGAAAGUCUACUUUAGCAGCUCUUUUGUUAAGAUUUUACGAUCCGAACAAUGGAUCCAUUCUUCUCGAUGGACACGACUUACGAGAAUUAGAUCCUUGUUGGGUCAAGAAACAAAUAGGAUACGUAUCUCAAGAACCCACGCUCUUUAAUGACACGAUCAAAGAGAACAUUACUUAUGGCAGUAAAAAUGCCACGGAUGAGGAUAUCGUGAAUGCCGCCAGGCAGGCGAAUGUAUUGGAAUUUGUGGAAAAAAUGAAAGAUGGUUUAGACACUUAUGUGGGCGAGCGCGGAGUUACGCUGAGUGGAGGUCAAAGGCAACGUGUAGCUAUCGCAAGGGCGCUUAUCAAGAAUCCGAAAAUCUUAAUUUUGGAUGAAGCAACAAGCGCCCUGGAUGCCACUUCCGAAAGACUUGUCCAAGAAGCUUUGGAACGUGCAACAAAAGGACGCACAGUACUGACGAUUGCUCAUCGUCUCAGUACCAUACGUAACGCCGACAAAAUCGCAGUUCUCGAGGCUGGUCGAAUACACGAAUACGGCACUUACAAUGAACUUAUAGCCAUAGAGAAUGGAUUGUUUAGGAGACUUGUUAAGCAUCAAACAUUUGGUUGAGGGAAAUUAACUACGUCUAUUGGAGGAAUCAGUAUCGGACUUUGUAUACGUGAGAAUGCAAAAACAACAACGCACACACUUUCAAAGUUAAACAACGUAAAAGAAUUGUUCCAUGUCGCUUUCAUCGGCAAGUAUCAAAAAACACUCGCGUCAUCGUGUAUAUAAUUGAUUUCGUAUCUAUGAAAGAAACUAUGGUAGCUGAAAAUUCUUUUGUCAGCUAUUUUUUAAUUCAGUCGUAUUUUUUAUUCACCGAGUAAAAGUGUCGAUUAAAUUGAGAGUUAGUUAAAAGCUAAGUUUGUUGAAAAAUACGUUCUAAUUCGCGAAUUAUGAAAAAAGAGUAAAAUAUUUAGUCAUUAUCGCUCGGUUUUAGUUUGUAUUAAACUGACUGAGAGCAAUACUAUGUCAUUACAUAUACGCAUUGGACAACUCUUCAAUUUUAUUAUGUGAUCAAUAUAGUUCUUAUGACAAAAGCAACGUCCAUGCGUAGUACUCUCAUAUGAAAGAUAUAAACUGUGCGCGAAUCAGAAUGGAUUGCUGCAUCUUCAUCAAAUGAUUGAUUGUAAUGAACUUUUAUUAAUAGUGGUAAAAAGCUAUGAUUUUGAAUUUAAUCAAUAAAACAAUCGAUGGAUGAGUUUACUACAUACUAUGUAUUUUGGGUUUCGAUAAAAAUUGUUAAUUUGUACAAUCUAUACUAUAGUUUAUAUAAAUAAGGAGAGGGUAGUGAAUUUAUAUAUAUUUGUUAGAACUUUUGUUAAUUAAUGUACGUACGAAAUAUUUUCGCUCGAAUUUGUAAUAAAAUGUGAUAUAUUUACAAAUUUUGAAGUUUUUUAUAGAUUCGCAUUUUGUUUAAAAUUUAAUUACAAUUUAUAAAUCGUAUAACGCGUCCUACUGUUGUUUUACUUGUGACGAUCUAACCAGCCAGAUUCUGGAAUGAAAAAUCUUAAUAUAAAUUAGUCUACUUCAUUAUUGAA